CUCUCUCUUUCUGUCGUCUGUACAGAAAAAAAGAGACGGACUUUUGUAUUUGUACUACAAGGACAAGUUUAAAAAGGGAGCAAAAUCUUCAAAUACAACCGGAGGAGUUUUUCCGGCUCUAGCUCCGGCAAUGGAGGAGUUCUAUUCUUCUUCUUCUUCAAUAGGAACAAGAGCAAUAAUGCUUUGUUUUCUCAGGAUUUCCUUCACUAUUUCGCUCUUUCAGGUCUUGUUUAUUGGUUAUACAGUGACUGCACAAACAACAAAUUCCUCUGGAAUAGAAAGGCACGCUGAAGGAUAUUGCGCUAUGUAUGACAUUUGUGGAGCACGUAGUGAUGGGAAGGUUCUGAACUGUCCCUUUGGUUCCCCUUCCGUGAAGCCCGGUGAGCUACUUUCAUCAAAAAUUCAAAGUUUGUGCCCAACGAUAACUGGAAAUGUCUGUUGUACAGAGACUCAAUUUGACACCUUGCGAUCACAAGUGCAGCAAGCAAUUCCCUUUCUUGUGGGCUGCCCAGCAUGCUUGAGAAAUUUUUUGAAUUUAUUUUGUGAACUUACAUGCUCUCCGAACCAGAGCCAGUUUAUCAAUGUCACAUCUAUUUCCAAGGUCAAAAAGAAUUCUACUGUCGAUGGAAUUGAUUUUUUUAUAACUGACGCUUUUGGUGAGGGGUUAUAUGAAUCUUGCAAGGAUGUAAAAUUUGGUACUAUGAAUACUAGAGCCAUAGAGUUCAUUGGUGCAGGUGCUAAAAAUUUCAGAGAGUGGUAUGCAUUUAUUGGAAGACUAGCACCACCUGGAGUCCCUGGAUCUCCAUAUGCAAUUAAUUUUAGUGCAACUGCUCCCGAGUCAUCUGGAAUGAAACCUAUGAACGUGUCUACGUAUUCAUGCAGUGAUACAUCACUCGGCUGUUCAUGUGGUGAUUGCCCUUCAGCUUCUGUUUGCUCAAGUUCAGCUCCUCCUCCUGCUCAGACAGAAGGUUCUUGUUCAGUGAGAUUUGGGUCUCUCAAGGUGAAGUGUAUUGAAGUUGCUGUCACAAUUCUGUAUGUUGUAUUAGUCUCCAUUUUUCUUGGAUGGGGCUUUCUCCAUAAAAAAAGAGAAGAGACUCCGGUUCCAAGGACAAAGCCAUUGAUCAGUGCCAGUGGAAAUGGUGUCAUCCGCCAAAGCAGCAGGCAAAAGGAUGAGAAUAUUCCCAUGCAGUUACAUGGAGUAAAGUGUCUGCCACCUAAUCCCAUUGAGUAUAGGCCAAAAGCU